CUCGGCCGCUAGGGUGCUUUUUCCGAUUUCGUCACCACGAAGAUCGGUUUUACAGGGAGGAGGAGGAUCUGCGAUUGACUAGUGAAGCAAACGUUGUAGAUUUGGUUUCGGAGAAAGACAGAGCAGGGCAAAUUUCGAUCGAGGUGUUCCUCGGAUGCAUGGAAGGAAUCGUCGAAUCAUAUAGGAAGAUGGCAAUCGAGGAACAUCAGAAUGAGCUUAAUUUUGAUGAGGAGGAGGCUGAGGAAGGAGACGAGGUGAACGAGGCGCAUACCUUCUCGGUGGUUGCAGUGGUUGUCACCGAUCGGAAAGUCCAGCUGCCGGGGUUUCAUGAUCUGAUGUCUUCGAUCUGGAGGCCAGGGAGAGGUACCAAAGUCAUGUGGGAUGGUUCCCAAAUGAUCCCAUUCAAUUUGGGGUCCAAAAUAUCUACAAUACCUCCAAAAAUGGACGCUCGGGUGCGGUGUCACAUUUUAGGCUAAUUCAUCAAGUUCGAGACGAGUCAUUAUGAUGGUAAUCAAAGUUCUUAUCUGCGCUUAAGGGUGUGAUUGGAUGUUCGUAGGCCUUUGAAGAAGGGUAUUACUCUGACAAAAGAUGGGACUCAGCAUUGGGUGGAUUUUAAGUAUGAAAAGCUUCCCGGCUUUUGUUUUCUAUGUGGUAUAAUUGGACAUUCUGACAAAUUUUGUCCUUUAAAGUAUGAAGAAGGUUUUGUGGUUGAAAAAUCUUAUGGGGUAGGUCUCAGAGCUGGUGGAAGAGUGAAGACUAGCCGACAGGGUCCCACAAAUGGCUAUCUGGUGAGGCGUCUAGCUCAGGUGGAAAUGGAGAGCAACGGAAGGCUGAUCUCGGGGGAGAUUUGUAGGCUGAAUCAAAGACAAAUUUUACACAACAGAAAGAGACAUAGGAAAAGGAGGCAGCCCCUGGAGACACAAAGCGGGAUUUGGGAUAAUCAGGUCACAGGAGAUGCAGUUGGAGAAGGCAUGGCUCUUGAUGGGCUAAAAAAUGGGGAGGCGGCAGGUCAGCUUGCUUAGGCCCGCCAAGGAUCUAUCUGUUGUUGAUGGUGUUGAAAACCACUGAUGGUGUUAUUGUUAUCUUUUGCUUUGCUUGUUUUUAUUUUGGAUUUCUCAUUCUGUGUUGCUUUUAUUUCUU